AAGCUGGAGAAGAACGUGGAGGAUGAGGAUGCCGGCGGAGGAGGCAGUGGUGGUAGUGGUUCUGGGGAGGUGGUGAGCUGGGAGAGCAACCUGCCAAAAAUGGUGCUCCGGGUUCUGCUGGUUGAAGCCGAUGAUUCGACGCGGCAGAUCAUCGCUGCGCUUCUCCGAAAAUGCAGUUACAAAGUUGUUGCAGUUGGAGAUGGAUUAAAGGCGUGGGAGGUCAUAAAGAGGAAACAUCAUAAGAUGGAUCUUAUAUUAACAGAGACAGAGCUGCCGUCGAUUUCCGGAUUCGCGCUCCUUACGUUAGUCAUGGAACACGACAUGUGCAAGAACAUACCUGUAAUAAUGAUGUCCUCUGAGGAUUCAACUAGCAGGGUUUUGAAAUGCAUGCUGAAAGGUGCAGCUGACUAUCUCAUUAAGCCUGUAAGGCGGAAUGAGCUGCGGAACCUUUGGCAGCAUGUUUGGAGACGGCAAACUCGUAGCGGUGCACUGGUUCCACAAAACGUUAAUGUUACACAGAAAAAAGUUGAAGCCACUUGCGAGAACAAUUUAGCAAGUAAACAUUCAAAUGGUUACGCAGCUUCCAUGCAGGAAAAUAAGGAAUGCAGUGAGAAAGGAAGUGAAGCCCAAAGUUCUUGUACGACGCCUUACAUGGAAGCUGAGAGUGCGUACAUGCAAAAUAUGCAGGAUAUUCCACAGCUAAGGUAUGAGAGUGCUUCUAAUUUAAGCAAUACAGAUAUGGAAAGGCUCAAGGAGUGUGCUAGACCGGACAACGAAUCUGCUGUGCUUGAGAGUGAAGCAAAAGAGAAGUCAGGUACAUUUGGAUCAUAUGAUGUUCCUUUGAAGGAAGGUUAUACCUCAGCUGGAUUAAGACUCAGAGAGGACAAUGUUUCUGCUACAAAAAUGGUUCAAGGUGAAGGUAUGCAACCGGAAAGUUACAAAGUAGAUGCUAAUAUCACUUCUGAAACUCACAUCAGCCGUUAUGGACUGGAUGAACCCUCCAGUGGAGCUAUUGACUUUAUUGGAGCCUUUGGUAAUUGGCCAAAGUGCACUGCCGGACCCCCUGACAAUAGAGACGAUGGUACAAAGCACAUGGGAUCCACUCCACAACUGGAACUUUCUUUGAGAAGUACUCUGGAUGGUUCAAACAAGCAAGUGAACGAUGAAAGGCCUGUGCUGAACCAUUCUGAUGCUUCUGCCUUUUCAUGGUAUAAUAAUAGCAAGACGUUGCAAUCCUUUUUCCCAACAUUUCCCAUCACUGAAUCGGAGGUUGCAAAUAAAUCCCAUGAUAGCCAGGAAAACAUGUCUACCUUGGUUUCCGGUCAAACUGAGGAAGCUGAUUUAUGCUUUCCACGCUCUCAACUUGGGAUGGUUCCUAUCGCUGGGGCAAAGUCUGAUAAUAUUUGCACUGCAUACGGUCAUUCUUUCCCAUCCUUGUUUCAUAGACAAUCAGAUGUAACCCCGACAUGGAGUAGCAAAUUGGCUUGCAAUGGAGAACAAUCCUCCUAUCCUGUGAAUUCCCCAUAUCAUUCCAAUCCUGAAGUUUACCUCUCAGAAGAAGGUUGUCACCUGUCUGACAAGACAACCUAUAAAUCUAUUGGCCAGACUGUGCAGGGGCAGAACAACCAGGAGCAAAUGGAGGAACUGAGACCUGGUUCGCCUGCUACUGGGCAAAGUGGCUGUAGUAGUUUAGGCAAUGCUGUUGGUAAUGCUAUUGGACGCAGUGGACAUGGAAGCAAUUGUAGUAGCACUAAUGGAAAUGCCACUCUGGCUGUGUCUGGUGAGAUGGAGGCUUCUGAGAGUUUGAAUGACAGUGGUCGUUCUGUUCAUGAGGGAUUUGGAGGAGCUGAUCCUCUUCGUUCCAGCCAAAGGGAAGCAGCUCUGACCAAGUUCCGACUGAAGCGGAAAGAUCGAUGCUUUGAAAAGAAGGUCAGAUACCAAAGCCGGAAAAUACAAGCAGAGCAGCAUCCCCGGGUGAAAGGUCAGUUUGUGCACCGAGCACGAACUAAUGCUCCAACUGCCAAUGCUGUUGGUUUGUGACACCGAGUUUUGGCAACGUACCUGCGACUGCAAGUUAGUAGAAAGCGUGUGUGGUUGUGUGAUGCAGGAGUCUUUAGAUACUGUUGAAGCUGUUGUGAAGAAGCACAGAAAGAUAAAGUGGUUGCAGAAGACAUGGGUUCUUGUUUUGGUUUUGGUUUUGGUUUUAGUUUUGGAUGUUAGAGGAGGUAGUGGUGUAAGUAUGUAGGGAUGCUACCUUAAAAGUGUCACCAUCUGCUCUGCAUAAUAUAUGGUUUUUGUAUGAACCUCGGAGAGUGAUUUGUGGUUAGAGGUUUAAUGGUAUGAUAAUUUGCAUUAAUGUGUUGGGUAUGUAAUUUAUGAAGGGCGAGUGUGUUCUUUUGCUUAAUUACGUGGAGGUUAAAUUGUUGUCGCAUGUUAUUUUGUAUCUAGAAGGUUAAUAUUUUCUUCAA